AUGCGAGCCGGCCCGGCGCUGCUCUCCGUGCUGCUGGGCUGCGCUCUGGCCGCGGAGCCGCGGCUGCAGCGGGGCAUGCCAAAUGUGUGCCCAGUGCUGGAGCUGGCACUGGUGGGACACCAGGAGCCCUGCAUUCAGUCCUUCAGCAGGAUGGUGAAGAUGUGGAAACAAGGCUGCAUGAAGAGGAGGUGGUGUGUGAGCUAUGAGAGAAGGUCUGGCUACUACACAGUUUACAAGCAGGUGUACAGGAUGGAGCAGCAGACUGUCUACAAGUGCUGCCCUGGCUGGGCCCAGCAGGACAAUGAACCUGGCUGUCUGCACUUGCUCUGCAGUGCUGGCACUUGCUUCAAUGGAGGGAGAUGCUCUGAGGAAGGAUCCCAGGUGUGCCAGUGCCCUGCAGGAUUCCAGGGUCCUCGCUGCCAGUAUGAUGUGAAUGAGUGCAGCAUGGAGAACGGGGGCUGCCAGCACCGCUGCUGCAACACCAUCGGCAGCUACCACUGCAAGUGUCCUGCUGGCCAGAAGCUGGGGGAGGAUGGCAAAUCCUGUGGAGACGUGGAUGAGUGUGAGGUGCUGAAUGGAGGCUGCCAGCAGGGCUGUGUCAACACCCAGGGCUCCUUCCAGUGCCAGUGCCGGGCGGGAUUUCGGCUCCACGCCGACGGGCGCACCUGCAUCGCUGUCAAUUCCUGCAGCAUUAACAACGGGGGCUGUGAGCAGGACUGUGUUCAGCUCAGUGAGGACCACUACAGGUGCCAGUGCCAGCCAGGCUACCAGCUGAAGACAGACGCCAAAUCCUGUGAAGAGACAGACCCCUGCACAAGUGGGAAUGGAGGAUGCUCACAAAUCUGUCAGAAUGAGAGAGGAAUUGCAAAGUGCGAGUGUCAUCCAGGGCAUUCUCUUUCUGCAGACAAAAAGUCCUGUUUAGACGUAGAUGAGUGUGCAGAGGGCAGAGCCAGGUGUGCCCAUCGCUGUGUGAACACCCCGGGCUCCUUCAGCUGUGCCUGCAGCCCCGGCUUCGAGCUGGGCGCGGACGGGCGCCAGUGCUACCGCAUCGAGAUGGAGGUGGUGGAGAGCUGCGGGCAGGGGAACGGCGGCUGCUCGCACCGCUGCGAGCACACGGCGGCCGGUCCGCGCUGCGCCUGCGGCCGCGGGCAGCGCCUGGCUGGGGACGGCAAAACCUGCUCAGAGGUGGAUGAGUGUGAGACUGGAGAGUCCUGCUGCUCCCAGUUCUGCAUCAACUACUCGGGGGGCUACGAGUGUGCCUGCAGGGCGGGGUUCCAGCUCGGCGCCGACGGCUGCUCCUGCGACGAUGUGGAUGAAUGUGGCCUGGAUAAUGGCAACUGUGACCAUUUCUGUGUGAAUUCCCUGGGGUCGUACGAGUGUGCCUGUAAGGAGGGUUACAGGCUUGGGGAUAGCAGAUGGGCCUGCGUGGGUGUGGAGGAGGUGGAUGCAGAGGAGGCAGCAGGGCUCGCUGCAGCCCCAGGGCUGCAGUUCCGAGGGCCCCCCCAGCUGCUCCACUACGCCCUGGGAUCCCUGGCCGAGGAUGGAGACCCCCGAGGAGAGCUCACCCUGGUGCACAGGGUCGUGUGCCUGGGUGACACGUUUGGCCAGGACUGCAGCCUGAGGUGUGAGGAUUGUCUGCACGGGGGCAGCUGCAACAGCGAGCGCAGCGGCUGCGUCUGCGCGCCCGGCUGGGCUGGUGUCAUCUGCAAUGAGACCUGUCCCCCCGGGACGUUUGGCAGGGGAUGUGCCGGUGUCUGCCAGUGCCAGAAUGGAGGCUCGUGUGACCCCGGCACGGGGCAGUGCCACUGUCCCCCCGGUGUGCUGGGACAGCUCUGCGAGGAUGGCUGCCCAAAAGGUUUCUUUGGGAAGAACUGCAACAAACCAUGCAACUGUGCCAACAAUGGCCACUGCCACAGACUGUACGGAGCCUGCCUGUGUGACCCCGGGCUCUACGGCCGCUUCUGCCACCUCACCUGUCCCAGGUGGGCGUUCGGCGCGGGCUGCUCGGAGGAGUGCCAGUGUGUGAAGGAGCACACGCUGGAGUGCAGCCCCAGGAACGGCUCCUGCACCUGCCAGCCCGGCUACCACGGCACAAAGUGUCAGAAAGAGUGCACCCCGGGGUUUUAUGGGGCUGGUUGCAAACUGAGGUGCAGCUGUCCUCCUGAUGUUCUGUGUGAUCCUGAGACAGGAGCCUGCAAACAUCCGUGUCCAGCUGGGUUUCAUGGAGAAAAAUGCCAUUUGUCCUGCCAGCCUGGCAGCUUCGGGGUGGGCUGCAGGCAGAGGUGCAGCUGUGGAGGAGCCCCGUGUGAUCCGAAGACAGGGCAGUGUGUUUGCCCAGCUGGGAAGACUGGUGCCUCGUGUGAGCAAGAUUGCCCAGAUGGCCAGUGGGGACCAGACUGCCAGAACUCCUGCGAGCCCUGCGCCAAUGGGGGACAGUGCAACAGGGAAACUGGAGCCUGUGACUGUCCCCCUGGCUUCACUGGGCCAUCCUGCUCUGCCAGGUGUCCUGAGGGGAGCUUUGGCCCAGGCUGUGAGUCCAGCUGUCAGUGCCAGAACGGAGCUGCCUGCGACCACGUCAGCGGAGCCUGCACCUGCACGGAGGGCUGGACAGGAACCUUUUGUGAGAGAGCUUGUCCAGACGGAUUCUUUGGGAUUGACUGCCACCAGGUGUGCAAGUGCAAGAAUGCUGCUGGCUGUGACCACGUGCUGGGCUCCUGCCACUGCCUCCCAGGCUGGCUGGGAGAGAGCUGCGAGCAGCCCUGCCAGGGGAGCAGCUAUGGGCCGGGCUGCAGGAACACUUGUCACUGUCACAACGGAGCUCUCUGUCACCACGUAACCGGGACGUGCCUUUGUAGCCCAGGCUGGAAAGGAGCCACCUGCCAAGAAGCUUGUCCCCCCGGGUGGUACGGAGCAAACUGCCAGCAGCGCUGCCUCUGCCACGGCCAGGCCACCUGUGACCCUGUGAGUGGCCAGUGCCAGUGUCCCCAGGGCUGGACAGGGACAGCCUGUGAGCUGGAGUGUGAGGAGGGGCAGUUUGGAGAGGGCUGUGAGCAGAACUGCAGCUGCCACCACGGGGUGUGUGACCAUCCCUCGGGGAGGUGCCUCUGCCGCGCCGGCUGGACCGGAGACCGCUGUGACGUUGCCUGCCCGCCGGGAUUUUUCGGCACGCGCUGCGAGGAGCGGUGUGACUGCGCCCACGGCUGGUCCUGCCACCCCCGGACUGGAGCGUGUCACUGCCAGAGCGGGUGGCGAGGGCGGCACUGCGACAAACCCUGCCUGCCGGGCCGCUACGGCGCGGGCUGUGCCCGGCGCUGCCGCUGUCCCCCGGGAAGGCCCUGCCACCACCUGACGGGCGCCUGCGGAUGUCCCCCGGGAUUCACCGGCCUCGGCUGUGACAAGACUUGUCCACCGGGCACGUAUGGGCAGGACUGUCACGGAGUGUGCCAGUGCUCUGCUGAGAAUCAGGAAUGUCACCCUGUUACCGGCCACUGCUCCUGCAGCCCGGGCUACCACGGGGCCCACUGCCACCUCCAGUGUCCAAAAGGUACUUACGGUUCAAGCUGCCAAAAUCCCUGUACAUGCAUGAACGGAGGCCACUGUGACCCUGUGUCAGGAACGUGUGAUUGCGCUCCCGGAUUCAUCGGAGCCAACUGCAGCAAAACUUGCCCUGAGGGCCGGUAUGGGAAGGACUGUGCCCAGUUGUGUGCCUGUGGCAAAGGCCAGUGUGACCCACGGACUGGCGAGUGCACCUGUGCCCCCGGCCACACAGGACCUGCCUGUCAGCAAGUGUGUCCCCAGGGACAAUAUGGCCCCAACUGCCAGCUGACCUGUGCCUGUCAGAACGGUGGCAUCUGUGACCACGUGGAUGGCAACUGCACCUGCGGGCUCGGCUGGACAGGAAGAUCCUGUGAGAAAGAAUGUCUCCCAGGAAAGUAUGGGGCUGGCUGCUCCCUGGACUGCCCAUGCCAGCACAAUGGCACCUGUGACAGGUUCACAGGCUGCUGCAGGUGCCCCGAGGGUUUCUACGGCCACUCCUGUGAGCACAGGUGCCCCCUUGGAUUUUAUGGGCUGGGCUGUCUUCAGGCCUGUGCCUGUAAAAAUGGAGCGACCUGUGAUGCAGUGACUGGACAGUGCCUUUGUCCUUUGGGUUAUCAUGGUGUCCACUGUGAAAAAGGCUGUGACAGGGGCUGGUUUGGUGAGAGGUGCCAGCAUCAGUGUGACUGUGGAGAGGCUCCUUGUGAUCCAGAGACUGGGAAGUGCCUUUGCCCACCUGGGAAGACUGGAGACAAGUGUGACAUUGGGUGCAGACCAGGCAGGUACGGCCCCGGCUGCUCGCUGCGGUGCCAGUGCGCCGGCAGAUCCCGCUGCAACCCCCGCAACGGGAGCUGCGCCUGCCCGAGCUCCUGGAUGGGGCCAACCUGCACACAAGGUGGCCCUCCAAAGCUUCCUUUUUAUGAAGAACAAGCUCAAGAAAGAGGGAGUAUUUUUCCAAGAGCUCUACAACAGUAACAUUUGGACUAAUAAAUGAACUGUUUUAUAUGCACAGACGGUAUUUGAAUUUGGAUAUGAAAACAGUUAUUCAAUUCAGCUUGAAUUGUACUGAAGUAUUCACACUUCUUAUGGAAGACUACAGAGGCCAUUUAGUAGCUGGAUCCUUUUAAAAAGUUGAAUCUGUUUCAUGUGCUUAUUCCUAGCCUCUUGUCCCUCCAUUAAUCUACUCUGGACAUUCUUUCUGAUAUUAAUAUAACUCAUUGCUUGGAAGCCUGGACAUGUUUUUAAUCAGACCAGCUCCAAAGCGUAUCAGGAUAAGCAGCAUGUAACGCAUCACCAUGGAAUGAGCCAUGCUCCGUAUCAGGAACUUUCUAAACCCACUCGACAACCAGCACCAAGUCUGAAAUAAUCCACAGAUUAUUUCUCUACAGGUUCACUGCAAAAUCACAUUGCACAGAAACUAGAGGGAUUCACCAAGUUAAUUCCUCUUUGAAUAACAUUGUGUGUUCUAGAGAAGCACGCUGUUGAAUUUUGAACUUGCAGCUGAAGAAGAAUCCGCCAAGAUCCGACAAGAGUCCUCAAUACUUUGUUAAUUUAUUUAAGAGCAUCUUCUGCAUUUCUGGUGUGGUUUGACUGCUUGGAAGGUCUCUGUCUGAGUCUGUCUUCCAGAGAACAUGGUGUUAUCUGCCAGACUUGCCUGGCAUUCUGUGUUCUCACAUCUUACCAGACGAAUUUCUCAGUGGGUUGUCAAGCCAAACUGUGCAGCACUCUCAUCAAACAGUGUCUGCUAAUGCAGAAAAUGUUUCAUCUUGAGUGGACAAAGCAGAUAGUAAGCAAGGAAGGAUGCUUAAAGAUAAUAUCUUUGGGGUUUGUGCUUUUAUUGAGCAAUUUUUUUUAAUCAAGUCAUCUCACAACAGUCAACAGCUGCUGGUGGCCACCUCUUAGAACAGAGACAUUUUGGUGCUAUUUUGUCUGUUUAGACAGGUUUUCCUUUGAUAUAGAACUACAUCAUUAUAAAGAAAUUUACAUUCUGUAUUUUAAUAUUCUGAGUUAAUCUGAGACUAAAACAUUUCAGAGUGCCUCUUUGUACCUCUCUUUAUGUUAGGAGUUACAAAAUCUAUGUAGUAACCACUUGAUCCUGACUGUAUCAAAAGUGCAUUUAAGGGGCAUCAGGACUGUGGUAGACAUGGAAUAUGGGCAGUUCCAGCUCUUGUGCUGACAUGCCACUCACCACCAGAACAAAUUGCAGCUCUGCAAGAGCAGGUUUUUGUUUUGCAAGGGACAAAAUGGCAAUAAUUGAUGGUAACUUGGGAUUUUUGAAGAGGUUUGUUGUUGUGGUAAGUGAUGAGUUGGUGAAGCAGGAUCCAUGAGGUUGGAUGGGAAGGUGAGGUUACAAUUUUCCCCUGUGGUUCACCCCAGAGCUUAAACACAUCUGCAGUCAAUGACUGUCCAGGCCAAAGCAAGGGGCACUUGCUUCCCUGGGAGUUUAUUUCUAAGUGUGAUCUAUGGGAGGCAACACAGUUUUAGGAGGUGUUGUCCAAGCUUCAUGGAAGUCUUAUUGUUGUUAUUCAUUACUUUUUUAGGUAUUGAAAGAAAAGGUAUUUGUGAAUGUGUCAAAGUUAAUUAACUAACUGUGCUUUCAGCCAGAAAAUCACUGGAGCUGAUGCUGAUCCCUUUUAAUUUCUUUUGUAGAGCUCAAUGAAUGUCACUGAGAAGUUCAUUCAAUGUAAAUGAGGCAAAAUUAUGGUCCCAGAAGCAAGUGACUCUCAGCAAGGCAGUGACAUUUUAAAUGUUCUUUUGGAGGUGUGAUGGCCUGGGUCUGAUCUGACAAUUAUGUGAAUUUGGGGCAAUUUCACUGAACAGGAACCUGUAAGGUAAAUCUCCUGUGAGACAAUGAGAUAUAAUUUUAGCAGCUGCUGGAGAAGAACAAUUCAAGUUGAGCAGUUGACAUAUUUUGAUCUUAACUUUGCAUUUACUGCAGAGCCAAACUACAGCAGCGUUGCAAGUGUCACACUGUACUCAAGAUUGUUUGUAGAAUCAUCGAGGGAGUAAAGCUGUAGAAAACCUCUGAAUGACUGAGCUUCUUUUUAAAGCCUGGUCAACUUCAGAGUCAAAUGGGUCAGAGGUUCAUCAUUCAAGUCAAAUUUCAGAGAUUCAUCCCACCUAGUUUUGACUAUCUCCAAGGAUGGAGAUCCCACCACCUCUUUGAACCUGUCCUAGUGGAGAUUUCAUUUUCUCUCUAUUUUUUUCCUGGUUUCUAAUCAGAAUUUCUUGAGUUUCAUCUUUGGUCCAUGGUUUCUCAUCCUUUCAGUGUAGAUCUCUGAGGAGCCUUUGGCUCCCUCUCCUCCACAGCCCCCAUGGGGUAGUUGGCCACAGCCUUGGUCUUCUCUUCUGAAGACACCCCAUUACCUCAGUGACCCUCCACUGGCCACAUUCCAGUACCUAAGACUUUCCAGUUCAUUCCAGCUGCCCAGAGACUGCUGUGGUUACUCAGCAGCUCGUGCAUAAAACCCUUUACACUGCUGUCAGACAGCAGAAUGUAUCAAAUGUACUGUUUUUCUCUUAUUUUCGUAGCUUGAUGUGUGAUUUGAGCAGCUAAUCAAAAUGGAAACUUUUCUCAAGCCAUAUUAUUUACACCUGUGUAUACUUGUUUACAUUUUCCACAGUACCUUGAUAAUAGAAAUGUAAAUAUGUAGCAUAAGGAAAUAAAAGAUUUUGUAUUAAGUGUUUUUAAAGGAUGUCACAAUUUUAGGUACAUGAUGGAACACAUAUUUCAAGUGACUGAUAUUUCAAGUGACUGAUACUGAGUCUGUGCCAAUGAAUUAAGAGGCCCAAGUAGAUCUGCCUUGGGAAAUAUUUCAGCAGACUUUUUUUUAAAUCAAAAAAUGCCAAUUCAUACAAACCACUCCCUAUGCAAUAGACUUUUUAAAUUCAAAGUGCUUCUUGGCUGCUUUAUGUUACUACCUUGGGAAAAGAAGUUCACUUCAGUGCUAUCAAAUCGAGAAUUCUGAUUUGUGGCUCUGCAUCGCUUCUUGUUCCAAUACAAAGUACAGUCAUAUACAGGUAAAAAUCAGAAUUAAAGAUUUCAAAAACGUUAAAAGAGGAAUUUUGAUUGGGGUAGUUGGAGUGUCUUAUCUUGGUUGUUAUUUUUUUCAUAAGGCAUUAAAAAUGUUUACAGGGUUUUGUUUUCUAUAAGAGCCACACUUUACAUUAUUAGCUGUUAAUUAAGGAAGUUUACAUGCUUCUGAUAUUAUUGUUCUGAUUCUGCUCUUUACUACAGUUUAACAUAUUUACCUAAUUCCUUGCCUACAAAGUAGUCUUUAUUAGACAAGAUGGAAUUUUUAAUGGAAAACUGACUAAAUCAGCUUUUCCAGAGAUUAAUUUUGUGGCAAGUGAGUGUAGUUGCUACUAAAUUAACACAACUCUGCUUAUUUUCUUCAUCAGAUUCCAGUGAAAGAGUGUAAGGCUGAUACAGCCCUGACCACAGCACUGGGGCUUGCUGAAAAUGAAAGUGAAAAAUGCAGUGAAAAUGGGGUUUGUAGUUAAAUUGAUGUCCAUCUUCCUGUUGGUGGAGGUGUUUGCUGGCUCCCCAUUUCCCAGGGGGCUGAAGUUAAUUACAGUUCCUUGAAGAAAGCGCUCUGUGUAUUCUUCUGUAACACACUUGCACAUGCAGAUAACUCCUUGCAGAAAGACACUGGAAUUAUUUCAGCCAUGCAGUUCCUGUGCCAAAUCCCCCUCUCUUACCUUGUGUGCUCCAGAUAAGUUCAGUUGGAGUGGGGAGUUGAGUGUAACUCAGUGGGCCCAGCAGAACUUGCUCGCUGCGAAUUCAUGAAACCAGAACAACAUGUUUUAAGUUAGACCUCACUAACACUAUUCUCAUAGGAAAACAAUCAGAAUUUUAAAAAUUCCCCGCUUCCCCUGCCAAAAAUUAUUAUUCUACUUUUAUCCUUUUUAUGUUGAAGAACCAUAGCUAUUAAAGUUUGCCCAGAUUCCUUGCCAACCAUAUUAUUUUGAUUGGCUGCAGGUUUCUGUUUGUGUAAGUAAUAACCAGCAUAGUGUCAGGAGUUGCCAACGGGACAAACAUGGAAAUAAUGCCUUCAUGUCCUUCCCAGAAGAGGCAAAGACACAUUUGGGAGCCAUGGUGGCUUCAUUGUGCAGAUCAAACAGUGUUAGAAUUUAGCUUCUUAUCAGAGCAAAGUAAAGCUUAGGAGCAAUCUUUGAGAGUGCUGGUGGACCAAGAAACCUCCUUCUUCCCAUCCUUGUGUUAAUAUUUUUAUAUUUAGGCUAGAAACCUUCUCAGUCCCCAGUUUUAGGAGGAAUUUUCCUUCAGGUUGACCAGUGACUGAGCAGCUCCGUGCAUGGGCUGCAACUGUGCCCAGUAAUACUUUUGCAAGGUCACAGCUUUAAAUUCUGACACUGUGUAAAGCAAUUUCCAGCAGUAAACACCAAAUCUCAGCCUUGUAGAACAUAAGUUGUUCGUUCUGUUCUUUUUAUUGCUUUUAAUAAGCACUUGCAUAGCAAUAUUGUGUCUCUGUGAAUUUGUAACCCCUCUUCAAGGAAUGUGUGGCAUGUAUCUCAGAUUUGUACUGUACUUUCUGUUGUAGAUGUGUUGUAGUGAAAGGAUGCUUUUGUUAUAUAUAAACAUGUCAUUAAAACUUG